GCCCCGGCCUGCGCGAGCCGCAGCCCUCGGCCACCCGAGGCCGGCCUGGGGGGCCCGCGGGGCGCGCGGGGCGCGGAGUGCGCGUCGGCCGGGGCCCCGGACCCCGGCGCAGGAGCGCGGACGCGGCGCGGCGGAGCGCUCGGCAUGGAGCCGGCCCGCGAGCCCCCCGCGCGGGUCCGGCCGCCGCCGCCCCCCGCCGCCCGCCCCGCGCCCGCCGCGCCCAGGCCGCGCUCGCCGGCUGAGGCGGAGGGCCGCGGCCCCGAGGGGCUGCUGCGGCGAUCGGGGUCGGGCUACGAGGGCAGCACCAGCUGGAAGGCAGCCUUGGAGGACACCACCACGCGUCUCCUGCUGGGGGCCAUUGCCGUCCUUCUCUUCGCCAUCCUGGUGGUGAUGAGCAUCUUGGCUUCCAAGGGCUGUAUCAAGUGUGAAGCGCCCUGCCCCGAGGACUGGCUGCUCUACGGGAGGAAAUGCUACUUCUUUUCAGAGGAGCCAAGAGACUGGAACACAGGCAGGCAGUACUGCCACACCCACGAGGCCGCGCUGGCUGUGAUUCAGAGCCAGAAGGAGCUGGAAUUCAUGUUCAAGUUCACACGGAGGGAGCCCUGGAUUGGCCUGCGCAGAGUGGGGGACGAAUUCCACUGGGUCAAUGGUGAUCCGUUUGACCCGGACACAUUCACCAUCUCGGGCCUGGGGGAGUGUGUCUUCGUGGAGGCCACCAGGCUGGUGUCGACAGAGUGUCUGAUGACCCGGCCCUGGGUGUGCAGCAAGAUGGCCUACACAUGAGGCCCGGCUCGAGCCUCCCUGGGAUGCCUACUGGGACCACAGCAGCCCUCAGUGACCGCUCCCUUUCCCCAAGGCCUCCAGGACUUAGGACUGAGCCUCUCACAUGGCCCCUGGGUCGGCCUGGCCACCUAUGACUCACUUCUUCACCUGCAUCAGAUCCUGUCAUCUGAUUGUAAACCUCUGGAGAGCAGGGAUUGUGUGUUGGCCUCUGCGUGGCUCACAAAGCACGUAUGCCAAAGAUUGUUGUGUGUGACACUAAGAUCGCCCACGUGUUGUUGACUGUUUCCUCCGGUGGCAGGUAGCAGUGGCCGCCAGCCUCAGAAGACUCGUCUCUUAAGCUUCGGUGGACAUGGUGUGAUUUUAGAUGCCAGGAUGAACCCUUGUUUUGCUUCACUUAAGUGAGCUGGCUCACCUUUCCUAAGCACGCUCACGCUGUGGGCUGAGUGGGUAGCGGCCCAGAAGUACAGGGCCAGCGGGGGAAACGCUGCCGCAGCCUCCAAAGUAUCCUUUGGUCUUACCCAGAGCCCACUGAUGAGGAGACGGCUGCAGGGGAACCCAGGCCCAGGGAUUCCACUGGCGACCGGGGUUGGCUGCCUGAGGGUCCUGUGCUCAUGGGGAUAGUCAUGCUAGUGUCCCUGUGCCGUUCUAUGAAAGACAAUUUGCUUUUCAGAAGUGUGCACUGUCUGCUGAGUGCUUACGCCAGGAGCAGGGGGAGGUGGAGGAGGAAACUGCCUCUUCCCUCUUCUUGGUCUGUAGCCAGCUCCCAACUGUAAGUAUGGGAUUCAAACUGGGGACAUCCAGAAAGCCUCCUCAUGCCUGUCAGAGAUCCCACCUCUCUGCCAAGGCAGCCUGGAGUGGACAUGCACCAGGCCUGGCUCCGAAGGCUGCCUGAGUCUGGUCUGGGACCAGCUCUACCAACAAGUAGUGUGGAGCCCAGGCUGCUGUGCUCACCCUCUCUGACCCCCAGCUUCACCUCUGUAAGGGAGACAUCAUGUUUGCUGGGCUUACCUCACAGGGUUUUGAGAACCACAGAUGUUAGAAUUACAGGUAUGAGAAAUGAUCUGUCCCAUUCUGCUAUCCCUGAGGCCUAGAGAGUUUAAGUAACAUGUCCAAGGUCACACAGCUAGUCGUUGAACUCGAACUCAGGUCUGUGGCUCUCCUGUUCCCUGUUUAUACUCUUAUUACUGCACAAGUCAUGCUUGUUUGUUUACUUGCUCACUGUCCAUGCAGAAGUGUAAGCUCCUAGAGGGCAGGGGUCCACUUUCACAUGCCUUUGUUUCUCUAGCACCUGGUACAAACAGAAGGUGUUCAAUAAAUGUGUGUUGAACUGAACUAA